GAGUGAGGGGCGUGGGGCCGGCUGCCCUCCUGCAGCAAACUUUGCUUGCUGCUGAAUAUUGAUGAGUGCGAUCGUGUCGGCCUGGAGGUGCUGCCGCGGCCGAGGGAGGGAACGCAGCCCGGGCAGGCGGCGGCGGCGUCGGCAGCAGCCAUGUUUGUCAAGCUGUAGCAGCUGCUGCUGCCCUGACUCGGCUUCGCCGGCUACCUCUGUUUCUCCCCCUGCCGCAUCCCGGCCUCUGGGCCCUCCAGCUGCGGACCGAACAGGCCACAAGUCUGGAAGGCGAGCUUCGGGGUUGCAGCCGCUUCGGCAGACUCGCCUGCGGCCUGGACACGGCCGCUGCAAAGGCUCCGGCGCCGGCCGGGCGCAGGGUGCAGCGCUAUUGUGACCGCUGCGCCCGAGCGAGCCAGGAAGGCGGGGGAGAGCGGGUGCCUUUUUGUGCAGCGUCCGGGAGCCCCCCUCGAAUCCCAUAGCCUCCUCCCUUCCGGAGAUCCGGCUGCUGGACCCGGGGCGGGAGAAGGGGGGACGCUGACUCUUCCUGUUUAAGAUUUGGGAAUUUCGACUGCCAAAGGGCUUUUAAUUUUACUUAAGCCAAACUGUCCACCAGUCUGCAGUGCAGAAAAAAGGGACGGCUGUUUCCAUGUGGCAGGAUCUGCCCAGCUCUGGGAAGAUGGAGUUUGCGGAGGCUCACCGAGGCCAUUUUUCCGUCGUCAGCCGGGGGAACUUUUUCCGCCCAUGGAAGUGCAGCAGAAAGGCAUCGAGGCCACUAGUCCUUGAGAAGUGGCUGCCAUUUUGAAGAGAAGAGCCAAACGGCCUAUUAACUCAGAUUAAUUGCUGUGUUUUUGGAUUCCAGGUUGAUGCUGGCCAAGGAUGGAUCAGACCUGUGAACUACCCAGAAGAAAUUGCCUGCUGCCCUUUUCCAAUCCAGUGAAUUUAGAUGCCCCAGAAGACAAGGACAGCCCUUUCGGUAAUGGUCAAUCCAAUUUUUCUGAGCCACUUAAUGGGUGUACUAUGCAGUUACCGACUGCCAGUGGAACAUCCCAAAAUGCUUAUGGACAAGAUUCUCCAUCUUGUUACAUUCCACUGCGGAGACUACAGGAUUUGGCCUCCAUGAUCAAUGUAGAAUAUUUAAAUGGGUCUGCUGAUGGAUCAGAAUCCUUUCAAGACCCUGAAAAAAGUGAUUCAAGAGCUCAGUCGCCAGUUGUUUGCACUUCCUUGAGUCCUGGUGGUCCAACAGCACUUGCUAUGAAACAGGAACCCUCUUGUAAUAACUCCCCUGAACUCCAGGUAAAAGUAACAAAGACUAUCAAGAAUGGCUUUCUGCACUUUGAGAAUUUUACUUGUGUGGACGAUGCAGAUGUAGAUUCUGAAAUGGACCCAGAACAGCCAGUCACAGAGGAUGAGAGUAUAGAGGAGAUCUUUGAGGAAACUCAGACCAAUGCCACCUGCAAUUAUGAGCCUAUAUCAGAGAAUGGUGUAGAAGUGGCCAUGGGAAAUGAACAAGACAGCACAUCAGAGAGUAGACACGGUGCAGUCAAAUCGCCAUUCUUGCCAUUAGCUCCUCAAACUGAAACACAGAAAAAUAAGCAAAGAAAUGAAGUGGACGGCAGCAGUGAAAAAGCAGCCCUUCUCCCAGCCCCUUUUUCACUAGGAGAUACAAACGUUACCAUAGAAGAGCAAUUAAACUCAAUAAAUUUAUCUUUUCAGGAUGAUCCAGACUCCAGUACCAGUACAUUAGGAAACAUGCUAGAAUUACCUGGAACUUCAUCAUCAUCUACUUCACAGGAGUUGCCAUUUUGUCAACCCAAGAAAAAGUCUACGCCACUGAAGUAUGAAGUUGGAGAUCUCAUUUGGGCAAAAUUCAAGAGACGUCCGUGGUGGCCCUGCAGGAUUUGUUCUGAUCCGUUGAUUAACACACACUCAAAAAUGAAAGUUUCCAAUCGGAGGCCCUAUCGGCAGUACUACGUGGAGGCUUUUGGAGACCCUUCUGAGAGAGCCUGGGUGGCUGGAAAAGCAAUCGUCAUGUUUGAAGGCAGACAUCAAUUCGAAGAGCUACCUGUCCUUAGGAGAAGAGGGAAGCAGAAAGAAAAAGGAUAUAGGCAUAAGGUUCCUCAGAAAAUUUUGAGUAAAUGGGAAGCCAGUGUUGGUCUUGCUGAACAGUAUGAUGUUCCCAAAGGGCCAAAGAACCGAAAAUGUGUCAGAAGUUCGAUCAAGUUGGACAGUGAGGAGGAUAUGCCUUUUGAGGACUGUACAAAUGACCCUGAAUCAGAACAUGAUCUUUUGCUUAAUGGCUGUUUGAAUUCUCUGGCUUUUGACUCUGAACAUUCUGCAGAUGAGAAGGAAAAGCCAUGUGCUAAGUCUCGAGUCAGAAAGAGCUCUGAUAAUCCAAAAAGGACUAGUGUGAAAAAGAGCCACAUGCAAUUUGAAGCACAUAAGGAAGAACGGAGGGGAAAGAUUCCAGAGAACCUUGGCCUAAACUUUAUUUCUGGGGAUGUAUCUGAUAAGCAGGCCUCUAAUGAACUUUCCAGGAUAGCAAACAGCCUCACAGGGUCCAACACUGCCCCAAGAAGUUUCCUGUUUUCUUCUUGUGGAAAAAACACUGCAAAGAAAGAAUUUGAGAGUUCAAAUUGUGACUCUUUACUGGGCUUGCCUGAGGGUGCCUUGAUCUCUAAACGUUCUGGGGAAAAGAAGAAACCCCAAAGAGGUCUGGUUUGCAGUUCAAAGGUGCAGCUCUGCUAUAUUGGAGCGGGUGAUGAGGAAAAGCGAAGUGAUUCCAUUAGCAUCUGUACCACUUCUGAUGAUGGAAGCAGUGAUCUGGAUCCUGUAGAUCAGAGCUCAGAGUCUGAUAACAGUGUCCUUGAAAUUACGGAUGCUUUUGAUAGAACUGAGAACAUGUUAUCCAUGCAGAAAAAUGAAAAGAUAAAGCAUUCUCGGUUUCCUGCCACAAACACUAGGGUAAAAGCAAAGCAAAAGUCCCUCAUUACCAACUCACAUACAGACCACUUAAUGGAUUGUACUAAGACGGCAGAGCCUGGAACUGAGACAUCUCAGGUUAAUCUCUCUGAUCUUAAGGCAUCCACCCUUGUCUGUAAACCCUCCUCGGACUUUAGAAAUGACAGUCUCCCUCCAAAAUUCAACACAUCACCAAGCAUUUCCAGUGAGAACUCACUAAUAAAGGGUGCAAAUACAAAUCAAGCUCUGUUACAUUCAAAAAGUAAACAGCCCAAGAUCCGAAGUAUAAAAUGCAAACACAAAGAAAAUCCAGUUGUGGUAGAACCCCCAGCUACAAAUGAGGACUGUAGUUUGAAAUGCUGCUCUUCUGAUACCAAAGGCUCUCCUUUGGCCAGCAUUUCCAAAAGUGGGAAAGUGGAUGGGCUGAAACUACUGAGCAACAUGCAUGAGAAAACCAGGGAUUCGAGUGACAUAGAAACAGCAGUGGUGAAACACGUUCUGUCUGAGUUGAAGGAACUCUCCUAUAGAUCCUUAAGUGAGGAUGUCAGUGAUUCUGGAACAUCAAAGCCAUCAAAACCAUUACUUUUUACUUCUGCCUCUGGCCAGAAUCAUAUACCGAUUGAACCAGACUACAAAUUCAGCACAUUACUAAUGAUGUUGAAAGAUAUGCAUGAUAGUAAGACCAAGGAGCAACGGUUGAUGACUGCUCAAAACCUGGUCUCCUAUCGGAGUCCUGGUCCUGGGGAUUGUUCUACUAGUAGUCCUGCAGGGGUUUCUAGGAUCUUGGUUUCAGGAGGCUCCAACCACAAUUCAGAAAAAAAUGGAGAUGGCACUCAGGACUCAGCCCAUCCCAGCCCUAGUGGGGGCGACGCUGUACUGUCUGGGGAGUUGUCUACCUCCUUACCUGGCUUAGUGUCUGACAGAAGAGAUCUUCCUGCUUCUGGGAAAAGUCGUUCAAACUGUGUUACUAGGCGCAACUGUGGGCGAUCAAAGCUGUCAUCCAGAUUGCAAGAUGGUUUUUCAGCCCAGUUGGGAAAGAACACAGUGAACCGGAAGGCCUUAAAAACAGAGCGCAAAAGAAAAUUGAACCGGAUUCCAGGUGUGACUCUUCAGGCUGCGCUGCAAGGAGACAGAGAAAAUGGAGCCUCAGUGAGUGUCUCUUCAAGGGGUGGGGGAGAAGACCAUGGUAAAGAAGAGCCCCUUCAAUUAAAGGGCCAUUUAACAAGUGAAGAUUGUGACCAUUUUUCUGAUGUUCAUUUUGGUAACAAGGUCAAACAGUCUGACCUUGAUAAAAUUCCUGAGAAAGCCCCCUCUUUUGAAAACAGAAAAGGCCCAGAACUGGACUCCGAAAUGAACAGUGAGAAUGAUGGACACAAUGGUGUACAUCAAGUGGUGCCUAAAAAGCGGUGGCAGCGUUUAAACCAAAGGCGCACUAAACCUCGUAAGCGCACUAACAGAUUUAGGGAGAAAGAAAACUCUGAGGGUGCCUUUGGGGUCUUGCUUCCUGGUGACCCUGUGCAGAAGGGGGGUGACUUCUCUGAGCAUAGACCUCCUACUUCGACAAACGUACUGGAAGAUGCACUGACAGAUCCGAAUUGUGCAGGCCGCUUAGAUUCAGCUGGGCCACGGUUGAAUGUUUGUGAUAAGACCAGUGCUAGCACUGAGGAGAUGGAAAAGGAACCAGGAAUUCCCAGUUUGACCCCCCAGUCUGAGCUCCCGGAACCAGCUGUGCGGUCAGAGAAGAAACGCCUUAGGAAGCCAAGCAAGUGGCUUCUGGAAUAUACUGAAGAAUAUGAUCAGAUAUUUGCUCCUAAGAAAAAACAAAAGAGAGUUCAGGAACACACGCACAAGGUAAGUUCCCGCUGUGAAGAGGAAAGCCUUCUAGCCCGAUGUCGACCUAGUGCUCAAAACAAACAAGUGGAUGAGAAUUCUUUGAUUUCAACCAAAGAAGAGCCUCCAGUUCUUGAAAGAGAGGCUCCGUUUUUGGAAGGGCCCUUGGCUCAGUCGGAACUUGGAGGUGGACAUGCUGAGUUGCCACAGCUGACCUUGUCUGUGCCUGUGGCUCCGGAAAUCUCUCCACGGCCUGCCCUUGAGUCUGAGGAAUUGCUAGUUAAACCAUCAGGAAACUAUGAAGGUAAGCGUCAGAGAAAACCAACCAAGAAACUUCUUGAAUCCAAUGAUUUAGACCCUGGAUUUAUGCCCAAGAAGGGGGAUCUGGGCUAUUCUAAAAAGUGUUAUGAAACUGGCCACUUGGAGAAUGACAUUACUGAAUCAUGUGGCGCAACUCAUUCUAAACAGUUUGGUGAAGGUACUACCAAGAUGUUUGAUAAACCAAGGAAGCGAAAACGUCAGAGGCACGCUACAGCCAAGGUGCAGUGUAAAAAAGUGAAAAAUGAUGACCGAUCAAAGGAGACUGCAAGCUCAGAGGGAGAACUGAUGACACACAGGACGGCGGCAAGCCCCAAAGAGGCCAUUGAGGAGGGCGUAGAGCAUGACCAUGGGAUGCCUGUGUCUAAAAGAAUGCAAGGCGAACGCGGUGGAGGAGCUGCACUCAAGGAGAAUGUUUGUCAGAACUGUGAGAAACUGGGCGAGCUGCUGUUGUGUGAGGCUCAGUGCUGUGGGGCGUUCCACCUGGAGUGCCUUGGGUUAACUGAGAUGCCAAGAGGAAAAUUUAUCUGCAAUGAAUGUCGCACAGGAAUCCAUACCUGUUUUGUAUGUAAACAGAGUGGGGAAGAUGUUAAAAGGUGCCUUCUGCCCUUGUGUGGAAAAUUUUAUCAUGAAGAGUGUGUCCAGAAAUACCCACCCACUGUCAUGCAAAACAAGGGCUUCCGGUGCUCCCUUCACAUCUGUAUAACCUGCCAUGCUGCUAAUCCAGCCAGUGUUACUGCAUCUAAAGGUCGCCUGAUGCGCUGUGUUCGCUGCCCUGUGGCAUACCAUGCCAAUGACUUUUGCUUGGCUGCUGGGUCAAAGAUCCUUGCAUCUAAUAGUAUCAUCUGCCCUAAUCACUUUACCCCUAGGCGGGGUUGUCGAAAUCAUGAGCAUGUUAAUGUUAGCUGGUGUUUUGUGUGCUCAGAAGGAGGCAGCCUUCUGUGCUGUGAUUCUUGCCCUGCUGCUUUUCAUCGUGAAUGCCUGAACAUUGAUAUCCCUGAAGGAAACUGGUAUUGCAAUGACUGUAAAGCAGGCAAAAAGCCACACUACAGGGAGAUUGUCUGGGUAAAAGUUGGGCGAUACAGGUGGUGGCCAGCUGAGAUCUGCCAUCCUCGCGCUGUACCUUCCAACAUCGAUAAGAUGAGACAUGAUGUGGGCGAGUUCCCUGUACUCUUCUUUGGGUCUAAUGACUAUCUGUGGACCCACCAGGCCAGAGUCUUCCCCUACAUGGAAGGGGAUGUUAGCAGCAAGGAUAAGAUGGGCAAAGGAGUGGAUGGGACGUAUAAAAAAGCUCUUCAGGAAGCUGCAGCAAGGUUUGAGGAGUUAAAGGCCCAAAAAGAGCUGAGACAGCUGCAGGAAGACCGUAAGAAUGACAAGAAGCCACCACCUUAUAAACAUAUAAAGGUGAACCGUCCUAUUGGCAGGGUCCAGAUCUUUACCGCAGACUUGUCUGAAAUUCCCCGUUGCAACUGUAAGGCUACUGAUGAGAACCCCUGUGGGAUAGACUCCGAAUGCAUCAACCGCAUGCUGCUCUAUGAGUGCCAUCCUACAGUAUGUCCUGCCGGGGGACGCUGCCAAAACCAGUGCUUCACCAAGCGCCAGUAUCCAGAGGUUGAAAUUUUCCGCACGUUGCAGAGGGGCUGGGGCCUCCGAACAAAAACAGAUAUUAAAAAGGGUGAAUUUGUGAAUGAGUAUGUGGGUGAGCUAAUAGAUGAAGAAGAGUGCAGAGCUCGAAUUCGUUAUGCCCAAGAACACGAUAUCACUAAUUUCUAUAUGCUCACCCUAGACAAAGACCGGAUCAUUGAUGCUGGUCCCAAAGGAAACUAUGCCCGGUUCAUGAAUCAUUGCUGCCAGCCCAACUGUGAAACACAGAAGUGGUCUGUGAAUGGAGACACCCGUGUUGGCCUUUUUGCCCUGAGUGACAUCAAAGCAGGCACAGAACUUACCUUCAACUACAACCUGGAAUGUCUUGGGAAUGGAAAGACUGUUUGCAAAUGUGGAGCCCCGAAUUGCAGUGGCUUCCUGGGUGUAAGGCCAAAGAAUCAGCCCAUUGCCACAGAAGAAAAGUCCAAGAAAUUCAAGAAGAAGCAACAGGGCAAGCGCAGAACCCAGGGUGAAGUCACAAAGGAGCGAGAGGAUGAGUGCUUCAGCUGUGGGGAUGCCGGGCAGCUUGUCUCUUGCAAGAAGCCAGGCUGCCCAAAAGUCUACCACGCAGACUGUCUCAAUCUAACCAAGCGCCCAGCAGGGAAAUGGGAGUGUCCUUGGCAUCAGUGUGACAUAUGUGGAAAAGAAGCAGCCUCCUUCUGUGAGAUGUGCCCCAGCUCGUUUUGCAAGCAGCAUAGGGAAGGAAUGCUCUUCAUCUCCAAACUGGAUGGGCGUCUGUCUUGUACUGAGCAUGAUCCCUGUGGGCCCAACCCUCUGGAACCCGGGGAGAUCCGUGAGUAUGUGCCUCCCCCAGUACCACUGCCUCCAGGCCCAAGCUCUCACCCAGUAGAGCAAUCAUCAGGAUUGGCUGCUCAGGGGCCCAAGAUGUCGGAAAAGCCGCCUGCUGACACCAACCAGACACUGUCGCUGUCCAAGAAAGCUCUGGCAGGAACUUGUCAGAGGCCACUGCUGCCUGAAAGACCUCUUGAAAGAACUGACUGCAGGCCCCAGCCUUUAGACCGGGUCAGGGACCUUGCUGGGCCAGGGACCAAACCCCAAUCCUUGGGAUCCAGCCAGAGGCCAUUGGACAGGCCUCCUGCAAUGGCAGGACCAAGACCCCAGCUCUCUGACAAACCCUCUCCAGUAACCAGCCCAAGUUCUUCACCUUCAGUUAGGUCCCAACCACUGGAAAGACCUCUGGGGAUGGCCGGCUCAAGGCUGGAUAAAUCCAUAGGUGCUGCCAGCCCAAGGCAUCAGCCAGUGGAGAAAGCCCCAAUCCCCACUGGCCUGAGACUUCCGCCGCCAGACAGACUGCUAAUUACCAGUGGUCCCAGGCCCCAGACUUCAGACCGGCCCCCUGACAAAUCCCAUGCCUCUUUAUCCCAGAGACUCCCACCUCCUGAGAAAGUACUAUCAGCUGUGGUCCAGACACUUGUAGCUAAAGAAAAAGCGCUGAGGCCCGUGGACCAGAAUACUCAGUCAAAAAAUAGAGCUGCUUUGGUUAUGGAUCUCAUAGACCUAACUCCUCGCCAGAAGGAGCGAGGACCUUCUCCUCAGGAGGGCACGCCACAGGCCGAUGAGAAGAUGCCAGUGUUGGAGUCAAGCUCAUGGCCUGCGAGUAAAUGUCUGGGGCAGAUGCCUCGAGCUAGUGAGAGAGGUAGCGUGUCAGACCCUGUCAUCCCACCACCUGGGAAAGCAGCGGUCCCUUCAGAGCAUCCCUGGCAAGCUGUUAAAUCACUCACCCAGGCCAGACUUCUUUCUCAGCCCCCUGCCAAGGGUUUUUUAUAUGAGCCAGCAACUCAGGCCUCAGGAAGAGCACCUGCAGAGGCUGAACAGACCCCUGGGCUUCCCAGCCAAGCCCCAGGCCUGGUGAAGCAGAUGGCUGGAGGCCAACAACUACCUGGACUUGCUGCCAAAGGGACAACACUGAGUGGGCAGUCCUUCAGGCCUCUUGGGAAUGCCCCAGCCUCCCAUCCUGCUGAGGAGAAGAAGUUGGCCACCACAGAGCAGAGUCCCUGGGUCCUGGGAAAGGCCUCCCUGGGGCCAGGACUCUGGCCCAUGGUGGCCGGACAGACACUGAUGCCACCGUGCUGGUCCUCUGGGAGCACACAGACAUUGGCACAGACUUGCUGGUCUCUUGGACGAGGGCAAGACCCUAAAUCAGAGCAAAAUACAGUUCCAGCUCUUAACCAGGCUCCUUCCUGUCACAAGGGUGCAGAGUCAGAACAGAAAUAAUGAUAGUAAAUAUCAUGACCAGAAAAACUGCCCCCAGGGUAUACCAUUUGGGGAGGGAAAUCUUUUCUUUCUUUUCCCCCCUUAAAAAACAGACAUACCCCAACACUUUUCCACUGUUAUUCUUUCCUUAUAUCCCAACACUCGGAAACUCUUGUGACAUUAGCCAGUGGGGGCUUAUGGUUGUGUGAACCAUGUAUGGAAAUCCCAAGUGGGCCCCGCCCGAGGGGACAGACAGACUUGGGUCACUUUCCCAUGACCUUUACACAUGGUAAACUUGAAUAAAAGUCCACUCUGGAGUCAAGCAUGGAAUUCAAUUCCGCUGGUCAGGUUGGAAAGUCAAUUCCGCUGGUCAGGUUGGAAGGUAGGGGGCUCACGAAGUUACUUCCCCAGCCAUACAGAGCCCUUUUGAGGGCACCUGAUGAACCCUGGGAGGAACUGAUGUUCAUUCAAAUCGGUGUGGCCCACGUGUGCUAGGCCAGUGCUAGUCCAUGACACAGAAAUAAAUAAGGCCUAAUUCUUGUGAGCCUAAAAUGUCUGCCUGGGUUCCUAGGCUAUCUUCAAGAACCUUUGACCAGGAAAGAAACAGGGAGUGCUGAGGGGCCCUGGAGCUCCAGGCUCUUUCUGAAAUGCUCUUUGUGGCCCAAGAAGUGAUUGUGUUGAUGUCUCCUAGUUGGGGCGUGCAUGAGGGUAUGUACCUGCAAGCAUGCUCACAGAGGUCUCUGUAGAUGAGAGGUCCUGCAUCGAGGCCGAGUGGGGCUGUUGUUGGGGCAGCCACUGCUGACUCCUUCUAGGCUGUGCGGAGUCAAGAUCUGUCUUUGGCGGAGCAUCUGGUUAGGAGGAGCUGGGCUCUAUGAGAAAGUAGCUUUCCAGCACUUUCCAGCAGCAGAAAAGGCAAUUGGCAAGCUUACCUUUUUUUCUACCGAUUCUCAUUUUACAUGAACCUACCCCACCCCUGUGCCCCAAACACCCAGGUGCUUUCAGAUUUAAGAAUCUUCAGCAGUGGACACAGGGAACCUGUGCAAUCUCUGAACUAGACAUCCCAGCUUCAGGGAGAUUGCCAGAUCCUGAUGGGAAAUUACUUGCUUUUCCCUGAUCCUUUGCCCUCCUAACUGAGUAGAGGGAGUCCUUGUCUUCACCAUCUCUCCCUGAGAAUUGCUGUGCUCUCUAUUGAGAGCACCUGCCUGCUGACUUAGCUCAAAGUCAAGCCAGAAACCUUCCCCUAAGACUGGUGAGACUGGUUCUGUCGUGUUCAGAGCAAUGUUCAGUCUAAGAGAUGACUUCUCAUAACUGCUGAUGAUCUGUUACUGCUGCCCUGAGCUGGGGCCCAAGGGCUGGGAAAUGUAUUGGUGCUACCCUGCCCUGCCAUUCACCCAGCUCACUGACUGCCAACAGGAAGUGCUGUUUGGCCAGUUCCCUCCCACUUACCCAUCUCUCUUUUGUCCCUAGACCAAAAAUGUUUACCUCUCUUGCUUUGCCAACUUAGCCAGCAGCUUUAGCCAACAGGCCAUCUCCCGGCCCAAACAUCUCCUGGCCAUUCUGCCUCAGUUACGGCUUUUAUACCCUCAACAGGAUUCUGUAUUUUGUCCCAGUUUCCUCCUAAAUUCCUAGAGAGGUUACUCCCAUCACUUCCCAGGAGGGAAUAGUUAUAGAAGCAUUUGCGCUUUAUAUAAAGAUUUUAGAAAGAAUCUGCUUUUAUUUCCCAAAGUCUGUCCCUGGGGAUGAGACACUUGAACUCAGGCAGAGGGACGAGGCAGGGUAGGCCCAUCCCUGCAUCUCACUUAGACCUCGGAAUUGCCUCUGAAUUCCACUUGCCUGGUUCUCCCCUUACAUUCUCUCUUCCCACACCAUCAGAGAGGGAAAAGCUCUUUGUUCAAAAGGAAGAGAAAGCAUAAAGCAUCUUAUUUUCUUUUAAAAGAAUUUUAAACCAUGAAAAAGAUAUUUUUAAAGAAAUCCACCCAGAACAUUAAAGUUCAUUAUAUUAAGUAUUUAUCAUGUGUGAGAAUAAUAAGUAUAUAACUUCAGCUAAUAGGUCCUUCUCCCUGAUCUCAUAGAUUGUACGAGUAGGGUUUGCUUGGUGCCAGUCCUGUGCCCUUUUCUCUCCUGUCACCUGUAGUUGUGAUCAGAACAAGAUAAUCUGCACUGCACUGUCAGAAUCUCCUUCCACUAUGUUGUGUGUUAAAUUACCGUAGCUCUUUGUUUCAUGAAAUAAACUGUGAAUUUGGGGGUGGGGGGGGAGGGUGCAGGCUUUAUAAACUUUUUCAGUGGAAAAGUUACCUUGAAGUAGCUUCUCUGACAUCGGCUUUGGUUGGUACUUGACUUGACAGCCAGCCACUCUGGAAAUGUCUACAGGACAGGAAGGAUUGAAGGGAAGGUGGGGCCAUGACUGGCCACUUUGUGGUUUUGUUUUUCUUCUUUCUGCUCUCCACCAUUCACUGCAGACUUCAUUCCAAACCUGCCUGGGAAAACAACAUCUGAGUCAAGCUUGGCUUUGGGGGGUAGUACCUUAUCUAAAUGGAUGGAUAACCAGGCUUCUGUCCAGGGCCAUUGAAAGACUCUCAGGUUGUUGAAUGGAAACUAGAAAGUUGAGCUAUCAGGUCAGGCCCACUGGUAGCAGCACCUGAUCCUAGAUUGUUAAGGUUUAGGAAAACAGUCCCUGUAAAAUUAACAGCAAAUCAGGGCAAGUGUUGGGAAAUUGAGCCCUUAUGUGAAGGUGGGGAGGGAGUGGCCACUUGGGCCCUGGUAGAUGCCCCCUGGAAGCUUGUAAUGAGACCUUUCCUCCAAGGGGACGUGAAAUGGGAAUGAAAGGAAAUCUCUUCCAUAGAAAUUUCUGAUCUUGUGCAGGGUGGUAUUUUGGUGUUCGGUCAAGUGCUUGGAAAUCAUGGGAUCUCAACAGAGUCUGCUUCCGAGCCAGCUCCCCAGGGAGCUUUUUUGAAGGGGGAGCCAAGAUGGAAACGUUCCAGAGGUACCUAGAGUGCCUCUCCUGGCGCUGUCAGGUCAGGAAAAAAUGGAGACUGCUGAAAUUUGUAUUCAAAGACUUAUUGGCUUCUCCUGGGUUGGAGCGAAACCCAUUCUAGUAGCAAACUAGCCGUCAUUGUUACGAAAGCACCCACAGUUUUAAACAUUUCCUUUCCCCUAAAUUUACAGAGUUUGAGAUGAUUUAAAUCAUUCUGUAUAGGUUCCCUUCUGAAUGAUGACCACACCCACAUCCCUAGCAUUGAUGAAAGUAACUGUUUUACCCUUCAUAUCCUCCACGCCACACUAGGGUCAGGGCAUGGAGUGCCUCGGAGAUCCUUUCCCAGGCUCAACACGUCUGUCAUUGGAGCUGGACUCCCAGGUGGUAUAUUGUGAAGUUGCCUUGUGAGAAUGGAGGGUGGGAAGGAAGUCUGAUCCGGGCAGCUUCACCUGUGGAGAGUAAUCCAGAAAGUACUACACCUGGACAGGUUCUGUCCGCAGCUCCUACAAAGCGGGUUUUCUCCUAAGGCUUUUCUUGGGUUAUUGUCAACCAGGUCAGAAGUGGCCCAGUGUCCGAACUUCUCUGAGAUGAUGGGAGGAAAGGAGCUCCCUCAAGCCCCCUUUCCUGCUCAGUACAAUGAGCUGCUCCAUGUGUUAGACAUUCCAGAUGAUUUAGAGCUAGGUAGCUGCUGCAGGAGACUUUCAUUGGCGGUGGCCAGUUAACGCUCAGCUGAGCUUCUGAGGGCCUGUGCAGCAGGGCCAGAGGUUGCUGUAGUAUAAACUGAAAUAAUAGAAAAUUGCUUUGUACACAAAAAAUGUAAUGGUGCUAAUUUCCUGGUAUAAAUAAGCACUGCCAAGGGAUGAGGGACUGGCAACUUGAGAAACCUGGGUUCCUGUUUGAGAGUAAGAGGCUUUGAGUAGAAGGUUUCUUUGAGGCUCUCUUAGAGGUGAGAGUAGGCAGAGCCUCAGUGAAGCCUGCACCCAGUCCUGGAAUGGCCCAGCGGAAUCCAGAGGUGGGCGAGAACCCAAGUCCACACAAAGGUGGCCAUCAAGUUCCUCAGAGCCGGGGUCACCAUGCCCUUAGCCUCCAUCCACACUGCCUGAACAGGUUGGUAGAGAGCUCUGGGGGUGGGGUCUCUUGGUAACCUUCUGCCUCAUCUCUCUACCUCUUAUGCUCAUGGGAGCACCUCUAUUGCUUAUGAAGAUUAAGGGUAAUAUUUCUUAAGGAAGUGGAAAGAGUUUAUUUUAAUUAGAAAUCCACAACCUGGGAAGAAAUGUUUCCCACCAACAUAAGCAAAAACAGCACAUGUUAAAUUUUAUGUGGUCCCUUUGCUUUCCCAUGACUUGGAAAACAUCAGGCUACUGGGGGGCUUUGGAAGUAACACCUGGAAGUCAAACGGAGCUUUGAGGACAGGAGGUGAGCAUGGGGAGUAGGAAUAGAAACCAAGGGCUCUGGUGCUGUAGACUUCCAGGGCAGGGCAGAGUGGAGGCUCUCCAGGUCUAUGGGGGUCUGCCUGUGUGUGCAUGUAGGGUGAGAGUGUGCCGGACAUGGUUGAGUGCAGCACACAGGAGCUCCCGGAAUAGCAGCUUUCUAGAUCUUGACAAAGAAACAAGCUGGCAAUAGAGAUUUGUCUUUAUAUUUUUAAGAAAGGGGUUGGGGGGGGGUAGCCAAGAUCCAUCACUGUUUUUUUGCCCCCUCCCCCAUAGAUUGUCAGCUGUAAGUGAAACUCCUAGCGAAAAAGAGGGGAGCCCUGUACUAGGAGUCCCCAUAAACAUGUACUGUAAUUCUUUGUAUAUACAAAAAAUUACUGUAAAGUAAAGUUUAACUUUACUCGUAUGGCCCUUGCCCUGUGUUUUGUUUUCUUGUCCGUGGGGAGUCAUAGCCUAACAGGAGGGUGGAUUGAUGGGGGUGAGAGCAGAAGCCAGCCCGUUAGUUCCUGAGGUGUGAAUACCGUAGAGCUGAGCCCUUUCUCCAAGCACCCCACGGGGAGUGGUGUGGGUUUCCUCCCAGUAGCUACUGGCUGUCUGAGGGUCUUUCUUUCCUGUUGAGAGUGGACAGUUUCAGUUUCAGUCCCUCCACAGGAAGCCUCCAUCACCCAUAAAGGAAGAGUAUUUUGAGGAAUUGGUUUUAAAAAAGGAAGUGUAACCAAAGCACUUUCUGAGCGAGAAUUUCACCAUCUUGGUCAGGUUUUUCUUUCUUCAGAGGCAGGUGUUGGGUACAACAGAGGACCCAGCCCAGGCCUGAAUGCAGGAAAGCCGGGGCCAAGCAUGAACAGGCAGGUGAGGCCCCACCCCGGGGCCAGACCUUCCAGAACAGAACGGGCUGCAAAACAUUUCUUCUUCAUUGUACAGGAAGCUUCAACUCUGUUUACAGUAACACCUGAUCCUUCAGAAAUGCUUGAACCUCCAAGCCCCAAAAAUACAGUUUGGGAAUUGGGAGUUUGACCCCCUUUCUGACCAAGUCUGAACUUCAUCCAGCAAAAAGCCAUUAAGGGACAGUGGGAAGGUGAGCAUUUAGUACUAUAGUUACUUAGUCUUCACAAUUGUAAACUAGGUAGUAGUCAUCUCAUUUACCAGAAAAACAAAGCUCCGCUUGAGGGUUUAAAUCCCUUGUCUAAGUAACUGAAUUGGAUCAGAAUUUGGAUCUUUAAAACCUUCCUGUCUUGCAGAACCUAUGACUUUUUCCACCAUUAAGCCACACUGUAGGAUGCUCCUGGGAAGCUCAGGGACUGAUUCGGUCCAGACAUGACUGAGAUGCAGUAGAGCCAGCCAGGCCAACCUGUCUUGAGGUAGGAGUGCUUCACCUUUUUCCUCCAGACACCACUUAAGUGCAAUCCUUUUCUGAGUACCCAGAAGUAAUAGCUCUGCACUGCCCCAACCCCAGCCUCUUAUCCUAUCUUUGGCCCACUAAAGAAAAUGGUCCUUUGUCUCUCCACAAUCUCAGCCAUAGCCUUGAGGUAAAACUACUUGCUUUCCAAAGGAAGAUGGAAGAUGGGAGGAACCUUAAUAUAGGAAGUGACGAUAGCCAGAUGGUCCCAGAAAGAGCUAGGUGUCUUGAUACCCACACGG